UCAGGUUUUUCAGUGAAGGAAAAAGACACUGAAAAGUGGGAUAAAUUUCGAGAACUGAGUGGAGUAGCUUUAAGAGCUAUUCGUGAAAAUUUAUAUUCUUGGUGGAGAUCUAAUGGAACACCUUUGCCUGCUAUGCAAGAUACAAGAAUCGAGAAUUGGUUUAAUGCUGAACCUGAACAACUUGGUAUUUAUCAUUACCCCGAACUUUUAGAUUACCAUGAAAUUGGUCCAAUAAGGUCUGAUAAAUGGAUUCGACUAGAUUGUGCCAUUCGCGAACCAGACAAUGUGGAACCAUUUAUUAUCCCUGAAUCAUUGAAGCAUUUGCCAGGAAAAUUGAUUUACUUUUCAUUGGGUUCAUUAGGGUCAAUUCAAAUAGAUUUGAUGAAAAGUUUCAUUAAAAUCUUGUCAAAAAGUCCUCAUCGUUUCAUCGUCUCUAAAGGUCCUAAAGGAGAUCAGUUUGAAUUGGGAUCAAACAUGUGGGGUGAAAAUUAUGUCAAUCAAAUAGGUAUUCUUGAGGUUGUUGAUUUGGUCAUUACUCAUGGUGGGAACAAUACAUUUUUGGAAACAAUUUAUGCUGGAAAACCUUUGAUUGUGGUUCCUUUUUUCAUGGAUCAACCCGAUAAUGCUCAACGAGCAGUUGAUUGUGGAAUUGGUUCUCGAAUCAAUCUUUAUGAAAUUGAUGAAGUUAAAGUUUUAAACACUAUCGAAGAAACAUUAUCGAACCCAUCAUAUGCUGAGAAAAUUGCCAAAAUAUCUGCUUCUAUGAAGUCACCGAAAAACAAAGAGAAUGUUGUCCGAAAAAUAGAAAAUUUCAUUGAAAAUAAUCGAAAGUAACUUAAAACUGUUCGAAUAAAAUGAGUCAAAUUUUCAAUUAAA